CCAAGUGCUAGGCCAGGAAAAGGCCCUGGGGUCCGACUACAGAUUGCUUUGAAGGCCCAGUACCCCCGAAUCUGAAAGCCAGCCAUCACCCGUCCUAUGGUGGUAGCUAUGCCUUUUCGUAAAGAGCGCGGACGCGGCGCCGCGUUGAAUUUCGUCCCUCUGGAGACGCCGUCCAGGCGCCCGCCUCGGUCAAGUCACGUGACCGAGGUUUGCAGUGAAGGAGGAAGUGUUUUGCUGCGGGGUCCUGGGCUGGGGCGGACAGCCUGCGGGAUGGAGGCGACUUUGGAGCAGCAUUUGGAGGACACAAUGAAGAAUCCAUCCAUUGUUGGAGUCCUAUGCACAGAUUCACAAGGACUUAAUCUGGGCUGCCGUGGUACCCUGUCCGAUGAGCAUGCUGGAGUGAUAUCUGUUCUAGCCCAGCAGGCAGCUAAGCUAACCUCUGACCCCACCGACAUCCCUGUGGUAUGUUUAGAAUCAGAUAAUGGGAACAUUAUGAUCCAGAAACACGAUGGCAUCACAGUGGCUGUGCACAAAAUGGCCUCUUGACAUCUGAUGCCAGCUCUCCAGUGGCCUCUCACCGGGAUUCAGUCAUGCCUGUCUCAGCUCACUUGUAAAACUAUUAAAGUUCCAGAAACAGGCCAUUCACUUAAUGUCCAAUGUGGACUCCCUUAUUUAUAUGACAGCCAGUCACCAAGACAUCAGUUAGAGAGGAGCAUUGUUUGGGCUUUUGUCACUCUGCUCUUUGGUGACAGUCACGUAAUCCAGGAUCACAGCCCAUCAUGGCCUAGAACUAUGUAGCCCAGGCUGACUUCAAAUUUAUGGUCUUCCUGCUUUAAACACCUACAUCCUGGAAUUAGAGCAUUUGUCACUAAGGUUUAGGUCACUUUGUAUAUAGAACUUCAUUAUGGUCAAUAAACCUGUUCUGAGGAAA